AUGCCUUCAUCACCGUUGAUGGAUUCAACAAACGAUGAUGAUAAGAUGAAUUCUGCUAGUCUUGAUGAUGGAAUGGUAGUAGCAGAGAGUAGUAGUAAUGCAGUACCAUCUUCAAUAUCGGAACAGCAACAGGUUGGAGAUAAUAGUGUGGAUGAUGGUUUUAAUACAAUAACGGCAACACCAUCAAACACAAUGAUGGAUUUGUCAGGAGAUUCUUCUACUCAGGAAUUGAAUGGUUAUAGACCAGUGGGUGUGAUUUCUUUUAACAAGCUAAACAUGUUGGUUUAUACAUUUCAAAACAAGAUGUUUAUUAUGGAUCCGAAUGAACCAAUGCAAAUGGAAACAAUACCAUCGAAUCACAUGUAUGAUAAUAUUUCUGGAUGCUCAUGGCAAGCAAAUGAAGGAAUACCUCUACUCUUAACAAAUGAUUCCUAUAAUACCAUCUCAUUAUGGAAAAGUGGAGAUCAUUGUGUGAAUGAUUUUGUUCUGAGAAAAACUUUUUACAGUGAAAAUGUAUUGUGCUGUAAAUGGUGUGAUUCAAUUCGAAUUUUUACUAUUCAUCCACCUUCGGAACGACUAUUUGAAACUGAGGGAGAGGGAGAGCUUCUUGAAAAUAGAUACCAAUUUAAAACAAGUGUGGCUACUGGCUUAGCUCAUGGAAGUAGAGCAUUUAUCGUUAUUACUAGCCAUGGAAGAGUGUUGCUCUACUUUUUUGACCAUGCUAAGGCACGAUGGGUCACGUCUACCAUUCAACUAAAUCUAGAUUGUGUCACUAGUGCAGAUUUUACUAUUCUAAAUAACGGACAAAUAUGCGUAGCGUGCAAUGAACGUGACAGCUCUGCUGUUCACAUAUCCUAUUUUGGAAUUGAAGUUGGCAGAAAUGUGGAUGCCACCCUGCCAUUCAAUUUGAAGUUUAUCUCACGUUCAGUGUUUGUGCUGGAUCAUUUGGUUGAUGGACUCUACUUUAUUCCUUUCAUGGAUCGAUUAAUAGUGAAAACGAAGAAUAACAAAUUCAAGUCAUUUUUCCAAAAAGAUCAUACCUUUUCAAUAUCAAAGGUAAUCCCAAUUUCUGAAGAAUUAAGAAAUUCUCUAAGCGGAACGGUUUGGAAGGAGCAUCAAAACUUUGACAUGCCUGAGGGAGAUGCCAUCUCAUUUAAAACAUCUGUGGAUGGCCAAUAUUUAAUAUUUAUUUCUAGAAGUGGAAGAAUUACUUUUUACAUUUAUAACCUCUCUUCAAAUGAAUACGUACUCCAUGAUGAGAUUUCAAACAUUUUCUUGGACGGUGCAAGUAGAGAGCUCGUGAAAGAAUCAAACCUUGUGCCUUCCCGAAAAAAGCGAAAAACGAAACAAGCCAACACCAUCAGUAGUAGCGUCAUUGUCACAAACAAACCAGAAAUAUUGGAUGCUUGCUUAUCUCCCAAUUCUACCAUACUUGCUGUAUUAGAUUCACACAUGAGAGUUAAACUGUUUACCAUGAAGAAAAACUCUAUAGAAAUCUAUCGUAAAAUGAUGGACUGUUCCAUGCUCAACGGUUUUGACAAGUGGGAUUUACUUGCUUCUAUUAGGAACCAAUUCACAAACACAGAAAUUAUAGAGCUUGCAGACUCUUUCGGAAAAUCCAUGAACAACUUGACUCAAAGCAAUAUUCAUUUUUGGCAAUUCCAACACGAUACAUUUGCACUAUUUAUUAACUCAAUGCUUCCAAGUGCGGAAAAACGAGCACUCGUCUUGGUUGCACAGUCAAUUACCUAUUGUAAUAGUAUUUUACAAAUUUUGAGAGCUGAAAAAAGUAUUGCCUCUCUUGGUGUACUUCAUGCUCAAAAUCGUCCAGAAUCCUUUGAAGAGCUUAUGAAAUACUGUGAAGAAAUAUCUGCCAAGUUGAACGUUGAUGAUGCGCUUUCAUUUAUUUGCACAGCCAAUUGGACCAUACGAUUACUGUUAUUUAUUAAAAAGUGUAUGACGGAUCUAAUCAAUGAAGGAAAAACCAAGACAGUUCCAGACUUUAGUUUAUCGGUUUAUUACUUGAUUGGGAGCUUAAAAUCUCAAAACUUGUUACCAUUAUUAUUGAAAGAACUUGUGAUUGUGUCCGUUGUGGUAUUAUCUCUCACUCCAAAGAUGAAACAAGAGAAUCAAAUUAUGUUACUAAGCAAACAUACCAUCACUCAUGCAGUUAAUUUCUUUUGGAAACUUUUGGGUUCAAUUGAGGCGACACUGAAAAAAACGGAAACAUAUAAGGGAGAUCAUAUCAAUCCUAUCAUCAUUGAAGAGUGUUCUAAAAUCUUGUCAGAUGUAAACAAGUCAAGUUAUGAAGAAGCACUUUCGAAUUAUUCAACACAACAGCAUUUGGAAAUUUUGGAUUUAUCUCCCAUGAUGAAAGGCUUUUUGUAUCAUCCAAAUUUUAUUGAUAUACUCCCUCACAGGAAACAAGUGGAUUCUAUUACUAAGGUAACACCUGUUGUGGAGCGGCCUGAAAGAAUUUUGGACCCAAAGAGGCCACUUGUUACUCUCAAAGUUUGCAAGUUGUGUAAUAGAGUCACGCAACAAGAUCCCUCGCCAAUAUUUUCCUGGAGUAAGAGAUUCUCCAUGUCUUGCCUGAUGUGUGGCAGUUUUUGGAAACGAUGCAGUGUUGAGAGCUGGCAAAGUAUGGAUAACUUUUAA